GCGUGACGCGCCGCGCGGUAUAAGGGGCGCGCGCAUGCGCGGCGCCGCCCUCUCCGCGGCGCUUCGCGGCUCCAUCUUGUGUGGCGGCGCUGAGCCUUCGGCACCAUGCAGCUCUUCGUCCGCGCGCAGAAGUUGCACGCCCUCGAGGUCUCCGGCGAUGAGACCGUCGCCCAGCUCAAGGUGAGCGCCCCGCGCGCGUGGGCCGCCUUGGAGGGCAUCGCGCCGCAGGACCAGGUGCUGCUCUUCGCCGGGGCCCCCUUGGAGGACGACGCCGGUGGGCAGAGCCGCCUGGCCGAGUUCUCCACCGUGGAGGUGGCCGCCCGCGUGCUGGGGGGUAAAGUCCACGGUUCCUUGGCCCGUGCCGGCAAAGUGAGGGGUCAGACCCCGAAGGUGAUGUGGCCUAAGCAGGAGAAGAAGAAGAAGAAGACGGGCCGGGCCAAGCGGCGCAUGCAGUACAACCGCCGCUUCGUCAACAUCGUGCCGGGCUUCGGCAAGAAGAAGGGCCCCAACGCCAACUCCUAAAUCGCCCCCCGCUCCGCCCUGGCCUCAAUAAACGGCACUGGAAACACCC